UAUAAUACCCCUCCUCUUCUUCAUCACCGACGCUUCGUUCCCGAAACGCCCCUGCUUUCUUUCCCAUGGCUUCUCCUCCCACCCUCCCGAUCUCGACCACCCAAUCCACCGCCGGCCAGAGCUCGCCGCCGAUCUCCACUCCGGCGUUCCGUCUCUUCAUCUCACGCCUCUCCGACUCCUUCCGCCGCUCGCUCGCCAAUCGCCGGCCUUGGUACGAACUCUUGGACCGCUCCGCCUUGUCCCGCCCUGAAUCCCUUUCUGACGCCUUCUCCCGCAUCCGCAAGAACCUCUCCUAUUUCCGCGUCAACUACACCGCCAUCAUCGCCGUCGUCCUCGCCCUCUCCCUUCUUUCCCACCCUUUCACCCUCCUCCUCCUCCUCGCGCUCCUCGCGGCUUGGACUCUCCUCUAUCUCUUCCGGCCCUCUGAUCAACCCCUUGUCAUUCUCGGCCGCACCUUCUCUGACCGCGAAACCCUCGGUGGCCUCGUCCUCCUCACCAUCUUCAUCGUCUUCUUGACAUCGGUGGGCUCGCUGCUCAUCUCUGCUCUUCUGGUCGGUGCCGGCAUCGUCUGCGCACACGGCGCGUUCCGGAUGCCGGAGGAUCUGUUUCUGGAUGAUCAGGAACCGGGAGGUGCUGCUUCCGGGUUGUUGUCAUUCCUUGGUGGUGCGGCGUCUUCUGCCGCGGCGGCCGCUGGCCCGUCCGUCGCUGCCCGCGUCUAAUCAGUAUCCGAAAGAUUGGAUCACUGAUAGAUUGGUUAGGGUUUCUUGCCCCUUUCUGUUAAUUUUUCAACGAUUUAUGGAGCUAGGGUUUUCUUUUGCCGUUUCUUUGACUACACAUGACAGAUCAGUAUGGAAAUUUUAGUUGUGCCUCUCUUUUUUUUGUAACAAUUAUUCGGCGAUGGAUGCUAUCUAUUGGUUGUGCUCGAAAUUUCUGUGAUGCAUGUUCUACUUUCUUUGA